AUGUAUACCUGGCCUCACGCCGACUCGGAAUCUAUUUCUGCUUCUCUGAGCAAGCUACAAUCCCUAAGCCCACAACUCGACGCUUUGGCUGACUCGGAACCUAUCUCUGCAUCUUUGAGCAAGCUACAAUCCUUAGGCCCACAACUCGACGCCUUAGCCGAAGUAACUCGUUUGCUUGACCAAAAUGUCUCGUACACGGCGCGCACCGCUCAAGACGUUGGAGGACGGGUCAAGUCUCUAGAUGAGGAGAUGAAGAGGGUACGCGAAGCCUCGGAGCGAGUCAGCCAAAUCAUUGAGCUCAAGUCCUCUCUUGCCGCGUUGCAGAGCUCCAUCGAGCAACAUGAUUGGGAGUCUGCAACCCGACAUUGUGCAAGAGCCAUGUCCCUACCUGCUGAUGUGAUCUCUGGGCCGUUUGCUGGUACUGCUGUCCCUACAGCAGAAAAUCCUCUUCCUCCGGCACAGACGUUGCAAGCUGCCCGCGAGCAACUUCUUGCAGUCUUCCAACGCGAGUUCGAGAGGGCAUCGACAGCUCGCGAUGCGACAACGACCAGUCGCUUCUUCAGAUUGUUCCCAGCCAUUGGUUGGGAGGCUGAGGGCCUCCAAGCGUAUGCCUCCUUUGUAGUCGACCUCGUCAAGGUGCGCGCACCCGCUUCUGCAAAGACGUCAUCUCCUCUGUACUAUAUCACCGCCCUAACGGCCUUGUUCGAGAGCAUCGCGCUCAUUGUGGAUCAACACCAGCCUGUUGUUGAGAAAUACUACGGUCCGGGCAAGAUGGGCCUCGUUCUGGAUCGCUUGCUGCAGGAAGCGGACCGCGUAGCGAAGGACCUACUCGAAGGAUGGGAGGAAGAAAGGUCAAUGAAACGCAAGCUAUCCGAGCUUGCAGCUUCUCCAAUAUCUGCCACUGUUCAGAAGCAUUCAACCUCCCCUAACGCCGAUGAGGAGUCGCUGGACCCCCGCGAGGUUGACAAAGUACUGACAGAGGCAGCUAGCAUGAGUGGCCGAUGGGGCCUGUUCCGUAAGUUCCUGCACGAUCGACUCCAGGAAGAGUCAGAUACCGAAGCGGGCAGCGAGGCAGACCCCGCUGGAUCUAGACAGCCUCAGCCGCGAGACGGCAGCGUGGAAGAUCAACACCCAGAAGCUCUCAAUGGCGUACAGGUCCUGGAGAAGUCGCUUGCAAAUCGAUUGUUUGAAGAUAUGUUAGCAACGUACUACACCCCUAUGGAGGUCUGGUACGCCAGGUCCGUCAUAGACAAGGCUCACAGGCUAUCGACACACGAUCCUUCGCAACAGCCCAUGUCGACCACGACGCCUGACGACGCAUUCUAUAUCUUGAAGUCGGUCGUGUUGAGAAUGCUCUCCACUGCAUCUGUGACAACGGUUGUGCGAACGUCUGAUCUCCUUCGUGAUGUUAUGGACAAGGACUAUGCCCGCGUGAUUAAGCUCAAACUCGACAACGUCUACAAAGGCGGAGCAGCUGGACCUGGCGCGCGUGGCGACAAGGUGGAACGGGAGAAUCGACAGGCUUUCAUUAUCUUGUUGAACGACUUGGAAAUAUCAGCUUCACAUAUGGAACGCCUUGUGAAAGACGUAUCUCAAUCUGUCUCAAUAUCGCAACAUUUCUUAGAGAGUGAGGUGGAGACCGUUAAAGGCAGUCUCUCUUCUUUCAUGAGCCUUGUACCCAAGUACCGUUCAACACUGCGGGCUGGGGUCGAGCAGUUGUUCAAUCAACUUCUCCGUCCUAAGCUACGCACGUUCACAGUCGAUAUAUACAGAGAUGUUACGUAUGUCCUAGACGAAGACGCCUAUGCUGCAGCGGAACUACAAGACACUGUUCGAAAACGAUUUGUCAAAGCCUGGGAGGCUUUGAUCGAAGGCUACAAGGACACUUUCACCGAGAGCAACUUCAGGUUGUUCUUUGGCCUCGCUCUGGACGUGCUUGUACGCCCAUGGGAAAAGUUUGUUACCAGCUUGAGGUACAGCGAGCUCGGUGCGAUCCGCUUCGACCACGACUUGCGCGCAGUCAUGGCGUACCUCUCAUCUCAAACCGUCUUCGGCGAUAUCAGAGAGAAGUUUGUGCGAUUGCAGCAAAUCGCCAUUCUGCUCAAUUUGGACUCUGAAGAGGAUGUUGACGAGUUCUACAACGGAUCUGGAAUCUCAUGGCAGCUCAGUCAACAGGAAGCUCGCUCAGUAGCUAGUCUCAGGGUAUAGCUGAAGAUGUGACAUGUACAACGAUCGAUCCGCUACUCUACAUACCGUCAUUGGAAUUGAUACCUGCAUCUCCCAAAACUAAGUAACGUCCAUGACUGCGUAACCCAUCAUCCUCUUCGCAAAGCGUCCAGCCUAGCUUGUAGAGCAUCUUCAUCGGACAUGUCGUCGGCCCCGCUGUCCUUGCUACCGCUGCCACUAGGCGGUGCUCCUCCAGAUGGCCCACCAAGCGCAACUGCUUGUCGUGGCUCCGUGAGCGAUGAAGAGAUCGCAAGUCCGCUUGGUGCGUCGGCAAGCUGCUGAGAUAUGUCGACGCCAAUCUCGUCUAGGACCUGUUUCAAUAUCUUGUCCCCCUCCUCUUCCUCAUCCUCAAGGUCGUCGUCCAUGACAUCAUCGACGGCGUCCGACAUCAUCUCCUCCUUCAUGUCCAUAGUAGCACUCUCACGCUCGAACUCCAUCAUGAUACGCUGGAUUUGUGGGAGGUUCAGGCCUCGAUUCAUGGCUCCCAUGGCGCGAGUUGCGCCACGCAUCGCUUCGGCCAUCUGUUGGUUGCUCCGGAGGGUUUGUAUCCUCAAGCCGACGGCCUGGAGCUGGGUCCUCAUCUGAUAGAACUUCUGGACAUAUCGACGCGUGCGGACAAGGUCUUUCGCCAUCACUUUGCAAGCAUUCAUCUGACCGGCCUUUGCACUUUUCUUUAUGUCCAUGAUGAGCUUCUUUUCCUGUUGCUCGAGUUUGGUUCGUUCCCGAUCCAACUCGCGCUGGGCCUUAGCGAGGGCGCGUUGGUGCUGGCGCAGCCGUUCAGCGGGCGUAACGGUACGACCAAAGAGGGUCUCUAUGAUAUUCAUGCUGGAAGAGUGAGGGUCGGUGGAGGAGUGAGAG